GCACUGCGAAGUAUCGAGACUGGAGUCGGCUACCAAUCGUCCAUCGACAACAACAACGUGUUAUUUUCCCUCUUGUUGAUAAAUAAAAAAAAGUAAAUCAAAUUGUAAAUACACUCUGGCGUGGGAGAAGCACCAUCGCGACUAUCAGCAAGGAACGGGAGAAUCGUAGAGGACAGUGAAGCGUUGCUAAUUAGACGAAACCAGCGGCAGCAGCAAUCGAAGUACAAAGCAAAAUCAUCAAACCCCCGGAAAAAACCGCUCCUAUCCAUUAAGUGCAAAGUUUGCAGCAUUCUCACUAGACAAUACGACCAAGUAUUAUACGGCGGAAGAGGAAUACACAAAUAAGGAUUCUACAGGAUCAGCAAUAUAAUCAGCAACAGAGACUCGCUACAAUGGCUGCCAACAAUUUGCGACAGAUUCCGCUCACCUGCAGCGGACACACGCGACCCGUGGUCCAUCUGGACUUCAGCGACAUCGUCGACAGCGGUUACUUUCUCAUCUCGGCGUGUAAAGAUGGCAGCCCGAUGCUGAGGCAUGGCGAUACCGGCGAUUGGGUGGGCACCUUCGAAGGACACAAGGGUGCCGUGUGGAAUGCCACCCUUAACCGGAACGCCACUUUGGCCGCCUCUGGAGCGGCGGAUUUCACCGGCAAGGUGUGGAAUGCGGUGAGCGGAGCCGAGAUCCACAGUUUCCAGCACAAGCACAUUGUCAAGAGCGUGGCCUUCGAUGCGGACUCCGAGAACAUAGUGACGGGCAGCAACGAGAAGCUGGUGAGGGUCUUCAAUCUGGAGCAACCGGAGGCACAGCCGGAGGAGUAUGCGGGGCACACGGGCGCCAUUAAGCGAGCGCUCUUUUGUCGCGGCGACAAGUGCAUCAUCUCGGCGGCCGAGGAUAAGACGGUGCGUCUGUGGGAUCGCAUGACGGGCAUUGAAGUGCAGCGUCUGCAGUUCCCCAGCAACCCGAACAGCCUGGAAAUCUCGCGGGACAAUCAUAUACUGACCAUAGCGCAUGGCUCGUCCAUUAGCUUCUGGGAGAUUGACACGCUAAAGAAGCUUAAGGAGGUGAAAGUGCCGACGAACGUCUCGUCGGCUAGUUUGCAUCCGGACAAGCAUGUCUUUGUGUGCGGCGGCGAGGACUUUAAGAUGUACAAGUUCGAUUAUAUAACAGGAAACGAAAUUGAAUCCUUCAAGGGCCACUUUGGACCCGUGCACAGCGUGAAAUUCAGUCCCGAUGGCGAGCUAUAUGCCAGUGGCUCCGAGGAUGGCACUCUCCGGCUGUGGCAGACGACCGUAGGCAAGACCUAUGGCCUGUGGAAGUGCACGGAGCCCACGGACAUGGGCAACUCUAUUAGCUCGCCGCGUGAAGUCCAAGCGAACUGAUGUUGGCGGAGCAGGAGUCGCUGCUAUACGCCCCAUGCCGCUGCACGUGAUUCGGAGCUACUACGGCUGAGAUCCGAUUAUCAAGAAGAGAACAACUCGUAACGAUUUUUCAUAUUCCAACGCUGAACUCUCAUUGGCAUUAAAUGAUAAUCACACACACAAAAACUACAUUGUGAGAAAUGCAAUAGAAAUAAAUAACUUAAGAGUC